UUACUAUCUUGACGGCUGCCAUUGCACAUGUAGCUACAUCCUUCUUUCACAACGUGUCCAGUUCUCUCCCGAUCCCACGGUCCUUCGAGUCUUUCGUUCAUCAUUGUCAUCAGAAUUGAGCGGUGCAUAGAUCCCGAUUCCGUUAAAACUUCUACCAGCACACUAGGCCACCUUUACAGAAUGGCCAGCGGAAUGUCUAACGAUCCCUACGACGACGACCACGCGGUACUCGACGAUGACUUUCUCAAUGAAGAAGUCGAACCCGAUGAACCUGCAACAACUUCCGAUCGAGCUCCGCUGACAGGCAACAUCCAAUCCUCUUCAAGCGCACCCCUAAAUCAAAAUUAUUUGACCUCAAGAAUACCCGGCGAGGACAGGCGAGCGCCUCAGAAUACUAUAGAUGAGAGCGUAUGGGACACCGUAUCUCGAGAUCUCUUCGCCGUAUGGGAGAAAAUGAAGCAGGUGCUGUGGCCUAAAUAUUUGCUAGGAGGCAUACUACAACGACAGGGUAGUGGUAUGGGAGACGCCGAAAGUCAGGGCUUUGGACGAGAUCUUCGAGGUCUAGUAGGCCGUUGGCCAGAUGCAGACGGUAUUCUACAAGGAGGAAUGAGCGACGGCCUUCGAGACUGGGAUCUAUGGGGUCCCCUAAUCUUCUGCUUGCUGUUGAGCGUCUUCCUUUCGAUGCACAAGGAGGGCCAAAGCGAUCUGAUCUUCUCUGGAGUCUUCUCUUUGGUCUGGAUUGGCGAGGCUGUGGUUACUCUCCAGAUCAAGUUGCUGGGCGGUAACAUUUCGUUCAUGCAAUCCGUGUCGCUCAUCGGGUAUACAUUGUUUCCUCUGACAAUUGCUGCUUUGCUCAGUGCGUUGGGCUUACCCAUGAUCGCAAGGGUUCCAAUCUAUAUUGUGCUCGUGGCAUGGUCAUUAGCAGCAGGAGUCAGUAUCUUAGGUGGAUCUGGAGUGGUCAAGAAUCGCGUCGCACUGAGCGUGUAUCCUUUGUUUGUAUUCUACGUUGGGCUCGGGUGUCUCUGCUUCAUCAGUUAAUCGUGCGGGCAAUAGACCUAGCCUAGGCCAUUGGGCUCUAUGUAAUGUUUUAUGGCUGUAACACAAUGAUGGUAUACCAGAAUGAUGCACAAAUCGACUUGAAACACG